UUGGUAUUCCUGUAACUACUCCGUCCUCCCCUUCAUUGUUGCUGUUUUGCACCCGGUGUGUUUGCGUUUUUCGUUGUUUCUCGUAAGAAGUUUCACAGAAGGUUUUCGGAAGUAACUCACGCAAAUCCUUGAUUUCGAUUGUUGGUUGAACGGAGGAGGUGGAGGGGUGUUGUAGGCGAGGAAGAUGGAAAAUUUGGAGGAUGUAUUACAAGCUCUCGACGAAUUUCAGAAAAUGCGACCAACUGAGAUACCGCGAGAAUUGGAAGAUUAUCUUUGUUGGGUUGCCAAAACAGGUGAUCCGGUUUAUCAGUGGUCAAUGAUAAAAACACUUUUCAGAGAAAAACUUACUCGCGUAAUGACAGAUUUCUACGAGAGCUGCCCGACUUUGGAACUUGCACCUUGUCCUAAUGUUGAACACUUUAAUUAUGACACAAUGAAAAGCAAUCUUCUGGAACGACUAGAAUCGUUUGCUAAUGCACCAUUUACUGUUCAACGGAUCUGUGAGCUGCUAACUGCACCACGGAAAGAAUAUAAUCGCGUAGACAAAUUCAUGCGUGCAAUUGAGAAGAACAUAUUAGUAGUAUCAACGAGAGAACCUGGCCCAAUAGCGCGACGUAGUGAAAAUGGAGACAGUAUGGUCAAUGGCUCUGUAGAUGAAGCUGCACCUGUAACACAACCAUCACAAGAUGUUGAAAUGGAAUAUUGGGAAAAAGAUUGUACUUCUACAGUAACCAUUAGUGUACACACUGUGGAAAAUGAAACACCUUUAUUACAUACCGUUAUUCCAUCUGCGACAGUAGUAAAAAGUGUAUUUGGUACGGAUGAGAAUCAAGAAAAAGAUGGUUUAUCCUCAUCCAGAUCAGAGGGUGCAGUGUCUAAUUUCAUUGAAACUUCCUCAGAAUUUUCAUCUGUUACUAAUCUAACCUCCCAAGUUCAGCCACAGGAUUCGACAACCGCUCCAGGUAUGCAAAACUUAUCUACAAUAACUCCUGAAGCAUCAGGUAUUGUCAAUGAUGUACCGGAGGCUAUUAUGAACGAAGACACAAGUUCACAACCAAGUUUAGAUUUGGAAGAUGAUCCUAAGGUGAAAGAAAAAAUAGACAGUGAUACAUUGGUCAUGAAUGCGGAAGAUGAACCAGCAAAUUCUGUGACAACAACUGAAGAAUUAAAAUCAAGCUCAGAAUUGAAGACAAUUAUAACUACUGAUAAUACUAUACUUCCAAGCACAGCAGAAGAAAAUAUUUUAAAAACAGAUAUGGAUAAAGUGGAUGAAAAAUUAAAUUCAGAAUCUGAUAUUCCGGAUGUACAAGAAAAUGUUCAAGGAAAUAUACAAAGCAUAGAUGGUAGAAGAGUAUUAACCUUAGAAAAUAAAAGUAUUGAAAAUUCUUGUUCCAUGACUAAUUCAGAAGAGAUAAGAUGUACACCUUUAAAAUCUUAUGAAUUGGAGACAGAUGUUGUAGCCUCGUCCGAAGAAUGUACAAGUACUACAUUAUUAACAAGCAAUGCUAUGGUUUCAGGAAUAUUACAAAAUAUGGAAGAUUCUAAAGAGAUCUCAAUGGAUAUUUCUAAUAAUGAAACUUUAGAUAUAGAACAUGUAAAACAAAAUGUUGAAGCUAAGGAAUUAACGACGGAAGAUGUAAAACCUGUGAUAGAAGAUCCAGAUUCGAAAGGCAGUGAUGUCACAGAGAAUAUUAAUAAUUCUAAUUCUGACAAAAGUGGUGUUACAAUAGUGGAAGCUUUAGAAGAUGAAAGCAAAGUUAUGAAAUCCAUAGUACCUGAUCCAAUUCCUAUAAUAGAAGAACCUAAAGAUCCUGAACCUAAUAUAAGAAAAGUAGACGAUAUAUCAGCACCUUUGGAAAUAAUAGAAGAAGUGAAAAAUGAUGCAUUAAAUACUAAUUGUCAAUCAACAAUUAAGGAAAAAUUAAUUUCUAUUAAGAAUCAUGAUUUAGGAGACAUUGAAGGUAAUAAGACAAAAAGUACUUGUAAAAUAAAAGAAAAUGACUCUUUGGUAGUAGAUAGUACUGUGUGUAAAAAUGAAUGUGGUUCAAUGGAAUUGAUGGAUGUAGACGAUGAUGAAUCAUUAUCAAUGUUUCAAGGUGAACCAAUGGAACAGGAAACAAUAGAGCUAGCUAAAAGUUAAUGUAGACUGUAUAAAAUAAAUAUUGGUUUUUUUCACAAAUCAUUUCUAUUUUAACUACAACCAUUAAAGCAGAAAUUUAUGCGAAAAAUAAACAUGCGCACGAAAAAAAGAUAUCUUUAUAGUAUCCUUAGUAAUAGUAUUAUUUCUGAUCUAUUAUUACUUCUCAAAAAAUUCUGUUAAACUUUCUAACAGUAUAUUAUUUUUCAAUACUUUAUUUUUGAAUAUAUCUAUUAAACAUAUUUGCUGCUUUAUUAAUUGUAAUUGUGAUAUAUUUGAUUACAUUCUGAUAUUUAUGCAAGAGUGUAUAAAAAUUGAUUUGGAAAGUUUUGAAAAUAACAAAACACUGCCUUUUCCUAAAACAUUAUAAUAUUAAAAGUUUGUUUUAUGAUCAGGGAUUGAUACAUAUUUCAAUGCACUUUGUAAAAAUUUCAAUGUAGAUUUAUAUAAAUACUGUUGAUAUGUAUUUGCUUAGGUUAGAGUCGUAUUUCUUUCUAAUAUGUAUGACUAUCGUAAUACAAAAGUAAAGACUUAUUAAUAGUUCCAGUUUAUAAUAAAGUUGCAGAAAACCAAUAUGUACGAUUAUUUAUAUGAGCCGAUUGUGAUUAAGUCAUACAAUUAGUUGAAAAUAUGACUGUAGCCUUUAUAAGAUCUUUUUAAUACAAGCCUUGAUCGUAAAGCCGGCUUCAAGGUUGUCUUAUACAGAGAAAGACAUAGAACUUUUCAAAAUAAUGAUAUUUGAAAGUGUUUAAUUCACAUUAUUUUGGAAAGCUAUCCAACAAUUCCAUUGUAAGACGGACUUUGGCAAAAGUUGACUGAGAUACAAAUAUUUGAAUUAUAACAACUGUAGUUGAUGAUCAGAGUGGAUUCCAAUAUGACUUUAGAUUAUCAUCAAUGAAUGAAUGUCUCUAUUAUGCGUGUUUGCUACAAGAUAAAAAAUAUAGCAAGGACAAGCAUUAUUUCUUGUAACUAGAAAGAUAGCAUUGCUCUCUCCAUGCCUUGCUAUGCUUUUUAUAAAGGAAAGAUGGGUUAAAAUAUUCAUGUAAGAAUAUAGCUAACUUUGAAAGUAUAUAUAUAUAAGUUCAGUACAUAUAUACUGAUGUAACCAAAUAUGUUUGAAUGACAUAUGUAUACUGAACUUUGACUGGAAACAAGAGGUAAUAAAAAAUAACAAGAUGAUAAAUUAUACAGUAAUUAUAUCGUACUAUGGCAUAUUAAUUUAAAGGUUAUAUAGAGUAAUAUUAUUAUAAGAACAUGAAUAACUUAAAUUAGCUGUGUAUAUUGUUUUAUAGCAAAAUACAUGAGGAUUAUUACCAAAAUGGAAUUAUUUAUAACAUCUGCCUUAUAGAUUAAAGACAUAUUAAAACCAGUCUAUGUUUUUAUCAAAAUGACUUCAACCAUAUUGUUCUGUAUAAUACUACAACAGCAAAUUUUCAACUACAUGCAUUAUAUUUAAGGCUUGGGUACCAUCAACAAUUUUAGACAUAUAGAUUAUUGUACGUAAGAAAACAUAAUACAUGGUAUUAUACAUCUUUA